AGGAGCUGCUUGCACUCGACAUUGUGCACUUCCUCUUCCAGGCAUUCUGCGAGCUGGCUACAGAGUCUCAGAUGACGCAGCUGGCAGAGCAGUGCAUGGAUGGUGCAGCCUACUUGCUGUCGUCAAAAGCUGGCGCGGAGGCUUUAUUGAGAUUGCUUGGUGUCGCGAAUGCCAAGCAGCGCAAGGCAUUUUGCAGAGACCUGAAGGGCAAAUGGGCUCCAUUGGCCACGAACUCCGUGGACUAUGUGGUCAUGAUGCGAGUGGCAACUACAGUGGAUGACACCGUGCUGCUAUCCAAGACUAUGGUUGCAGAAUGGAUUCAGGACAUGGAGACGCUUUGUUUCGACAAGUACGCGCACAAGGUGCUGGCAUGGCUUCUGAGGCCUGGUGAUGCGCACCUCUUUUCGCCCUACGAGCGAGAGUGCCUUGCGUUGCCAGCUCCAGCUUCGCAGAAGGCGCCAGCGAAAAGACAGCAAGAGCUGCUGCGCACUUUGAAGCCAGCCAUCCUUGGUGUAUUGCUACAGAAGCCUCUAGUGGCCGCUGUUGAUCAAAGCGCCAAGGAGCUGUUGGCAGCCUACCUGUCAUCUGACUGGGACGAAGCCUUGAUAGAGGCUUUGGUGACCGCCACUGUACAGGAGGCAAAGAAGGAGGACUUGGGCCUGCUGAACAAUGGCACCGCAACCCAUUCUCUGAUUGUCCUCAUGAAGCUGGAGCCAGAGAAGGGACCGCACCUCUCCCAGCAACUUUGGGAGAGAUGCUUGCGGCCACACCUAGUUGCGGCUGCUACCAGCCGGUGUGCAUUUGUUCUGCUGGACAUGCUAAAGCGUGAUUCCCUGAAAGAGUCGAUCCUGAUGGACCUGAGGAAGAAGAAGGGGGUGAUCGAGAAGGCCUUAGCCACCACUGAGGCAGCUGGCCUUAAAGUCAAUGGCGCAAAGAACCUUCUCGCGGAGGUCAAGUGACGGGGCCGGCCUCGGAAGUGUGAUCGCAAGCUGCUCACAUUUCAGUUAAUGAUGCUGGUGGGCAAUUCCCAUCUGUGGCAAAGGGGUAGAAGAGCUUUUCAUCAGACUCUCGAAGUCCCUAGCCUGUUCC